CUUCCUCUCUCUAAAAUAUACAAAUCAUAUACGCAUUAUAAAACCCUAAUUAACCAUCUCAUUGACCAAUCACCAUGCCCAACUUUCAACUAAACGAGUUUAAAGGCAACCUCUGUGAACCCUAAUUUUAAAAUUAAAAGAGAGAGAGUACUGGCUUUUUUUUGUUGUUGUUGAGAGAAUAUUUUGAUGGGAGCAUUAUAAGGAGGAUGUAGAGAGAGACAAGGGGGUGGGGGAGAAGAGGAAAAAAUUGUAAUGAAAGCAGCGGAAAAAACUGAAGAAAAUAAAGGAAAGAGUAACAGAAUAAUGGUGUUCGAGAUGCGAGCCGAUUCCAGUAGAGAGGGAACCUUCUCCGUACUUCUUCUCUUCCUUCUUUUGAUUCUCAUUUUGCCCCGUAUUUAAUUCUCUAUCGUCUGUCUGCUUUUUUUUUUUUUCAAAAAAAAAAAUUAAUUAUUACAAGUUUUUAACUUUUUGUUUAGAUUUUUUAAUCCGCUUUCUUUCUCGUUCUUUAAUCAUCAGAGUUCACUUAUUGAUAUCUGUGGUUUAAAAGGAGGAGAAAGAAUAUUUCAGUUUCUGUGAAGGGUCUGAAAAAAAUUAGGGUUUAUUCAUCCUUUUUUUUUUUUUUCUUUAGGAUUUUUUGUUGACUGGGUCAGUGUUUAUGGUGCUUGAAUCGAUCUGCGGAUGCAUUCUUGAUAACUGGGGAAACGUUUGAGGCCUGAAAAUUACUGGGCAGUUUUUAAAGAGUCUUGUUCAUGAUUAAGGAUAUCCAUCAGUGUUGUUGUUGUUGGUGUUAGCAAAUCUGUGGUUUAUUUUUGUGGGAUACGGAUUUGGUGUAAAUAAGUAUCAGAUUUGUGAUAUUUUAGUUGUUUACUUUUUGUCACUUUAGCUGUGGAUUUUCCUCCGGCGAUAUUUGUUGAUUCCAGGAGGAUUUUCUUCUCCUUCUUUACACUCCACUCCGUUUUGAAUGAGAAGAGAAAGAAAGGGAAAAAAAAAAGAAGUCAAAUUAUCAAAACAAAUCACCCACCAUUUUUAUUGUGGGGGGUUUUUUAUUGUGUUCACUUCAGUCUUUUACUGUCUUCUUCAUAUAAAACAUCUAAUUAAAACUGUAGAUUUGUUUUUUUGUUUGUUUACUUGAUAAGUUUUUUGCUAAAAAAGGCAAGAUACUCACCCCUAGAAGAAGAAGAGGAGAAAGAAGAAGAAGAAGAAGAAGAAGAAGAAGAAGAAGAAGAAGAACGGGGGUUUUGUACUAAUUUUAUUGGGGUUUUUUCAUUCUUAUGGGAAUACCCGAUAAUUCACUCUUAGAUCUAAUUGACAAGGUUAGGUCUUGGAUGUCUUGGGGAGCAAGUGAUCUUUCGAGUUUUUCCAGGGAAUUGGAGAUACCUGUUAAUGGUUGCAAAAUGUGUUGCGAGUGUGAUACCAAGUUUAAUGAUUUUGUCCAUGGAUACGAAUGCCAAAGCUGUGGUCGGUGGUUGUGUAGGAAAUGUAUUCAGGGUUAUGAAUCUUGGGUUUUCAGUGAUGCAGAUGAUGUUAGGGGCAACACCUACUUUAAGAGGAGCAUCAAGUUUUGCAAAAUUUGUGAUGGAAGGGUCAGUCUCAAGCCUGAAGAUGGGAGAAAAUACAGUGAGAAAGUGCAUUCAUCAAUCUCUCCCAGAGAUAGCCCUGAACCACCAUCCCCUUCCUUUGCUACAGAGAGAAUUGACACUGAAUCAGUGCGGAGUGAUCAUCUUGCCUGCUAUCUCAAAGCACGAGAUUGUGGGCAUUCUCCCCAGGCAGUGAGCAGCAGUAUAGCAUCGUUUAAUGCUCACCCGGUUCCCAUAUCCGUGCGCCAUUCAACUAGCAGGAGUGAUGAAGAAGAGGCAGAUGAUUCUGGGAAACACUUUUUUAGCCCAUCAAGUGAAUUCUUUCAGGAUACUUCAGAUGUAGAUUCAAGUAGUGUUAGUGCUAGAAAUGAGUUUUGGAAUUGUAAAUCUUUGGGGCCAAGUCCUUACAACAGCCCCCAUAGGAAUAAUUUUACUCCUAGAGUUGGACAUACUGUACAGCAGCCAGGGCAAGAGGACAGCCCAAAAGAUGGUCUUUUUAAUCGAGAAACUAUGGCUAUUUUAACAAAGCCUGAGUUGAGACCUGAAGAUCAGGAUAAUCCUGAUUAUAAUUCUGAUGACUUGACAAUUUUUCAGAACCAGCAUGAGAAAUUGCAGAAGCCAUUGGAUUUUGAAAACAAUGGUUUUAUCUGGUAUCCCCCUCCACCUGAUGAUGAAAAUGAUGAUGCAGAUAGUAAUUUCUUUGCAUAUGAUGAUGACGAUGAUGAUAUUGGGGAUUCGGGUGUAAUGUUUUCAUCCAGCACUAGCCUUUCUAGUAUGUUUCCUGCAAGGGAGAAGCAGAAUGAGGGCACCAAGGAACCUCUAAGAGCUGUGGUACAGGGGCAUUUUAGGGCUCUUGUCUCACAGUUAUUGCAGGGUGAGGGUAUCAAAUUGCAUCAAGAGGAUGGUGUUGGGGACUGGCUUGACAUUGUUACAACAGUAGCAUGGCAAGCUGCGAAUUUUGUAAAACCAGAUACUAGCCGUGGAGGCAGUAUGGAUCCUGGUGACUAUGUAAAGGUUAAAUGUAUAGCUUCAGGAAGUCCAAGUGAAAGCACCCUUAUUAAAGGAGUAGUUUGUACAAAAAAUAUAAAGCACAAGCGAAUGAUUUCACAAUACAAAAAUCCUAGAUUGUUGCUUUUAGGUGGAGCCCUCGAAUACCAGAGACUUCCAAAUCAGUUGGCAUCUUUUAACACAUUGCUGCAACAGGAAAAUGAUCAUCUUAAGAUGAUUAUUUCAAAGAUAGAGUCUCUUCGUCCAAAUGUUCUGCUGGUGGAGAAAAGUGUAUCUUCAUAUGCCCAAGAAUACCUUCUAACGAAGGAAAUUUCCUUGGUGCUUAAUGUGAAAAGGCCUUUACUGGAGCGUAUAGCCAGAUGUACUGGUGCUUCUAUUAGUCCAUCGAUUGAUAACAUUGCUACUACACGAUUGGGGCAAUGUGAAUUGUUUCGGUUAGAGAAAAUAUCUGAAGAACACGAGGCAGCUAAUCAAUUCAACAGAAAACCAUCUAAAACUUUGAUGUUCUUUGAAGGGUGUCCAAGGCGUCUAGGUUGCACGGUUUUGCUGAGGGGCAGAUGUCGUGAGGAACUGAAGAGGGUUAAACAUGUAGUCCAAUUUGCUGUGUUUGCUGCAUAUCAUUUCUUGGAGACUUCAUUCCUUGCUGAUGAAGGCGCUUCUCUACCUAAGAUGAGACUAAAACACUCAAUUGCCAUACCUGAAAGAAUAAUGGCUGAUAAUGUUGUUCCAGUUGUCCCUAAUUCUAUUGCUCAAACUACCUGCCAAACUACACCAAAUGCAGUGCUCCUCGAUGAUGGGCAUGGGAGUCUCAGUCCAGAACAUGGAAGAUCUGAAUCAUUGUCUGAGCAUCUUGAUCUUGAUCAUGUUUUUGCUUUAUCUUGUGGUACCAUUGAGAGGGGGACUGGAAAUGGGUUUCAUGAUGUACGCAAUGAUGAUAUAGGACAUAAUACAGGUCUGGAUUUGGCUUCUUUUAAUGAGUGCAAGGAUUUACAGCUACCUGCUCUGCAUUCCAAUACUAGAGGUAUGUCAGAACGAGGGUUUCAAGAAACGACAAGUCAAGAUGAGGGACAAAUUGGGGAUGUCAAUAAUUGGACAAUUUCUGAAAGAAUUGGAGAAGAUGAAAUUUCCAGUGAAUAUUUCUCACCUGCUGACACCCACCAGAGUAUAUUGGUGUCCUUCUCAAGCCGUUGUGUGCUGAAGGGAACUGUAUGCGAACGCUCUCGUCUCUUGCGGAUUAAGUUCUAUGGCUGUUUUGAUAAGCCUCUUGGAAGAUAUCUUCGUGAUGAUCUGUUCGAUCAGACCUCUUGCUGUCGAUCUUGCAAUGAGCCUGCCGAGGCUCAUUUCCUAUGCUACACUCACCAGCAGGGAAAUCUUACAAUCAAUGUUAGACGACUUUCUUCUGUAAAGCUACCUGGGGAACGGGAUGGUAAGAUAUGGAUGUGGCACCGCUGCCUCAGAUGUGAGCAUGUGGAUGGAGUUCCUCCAGCAACUAGGAGAGUGGUAAUGUCGGAUGCUGCAUGGGGACUCUCUUUCGGGAAGUUCUUAGAACUUAGUUUUUCAAAUCAUGCAACUGCUAAUCGUGUUGCAAGCUGUGGUCAUUCCUUGCAAAGGGACUGCCUUCGUUUCUACGGGUUUGGAAGCAUGGUUGCCUUUUUCCGCUAUUCUCCUAUUGAUAUCCUCUCUGUCCAUUUACCCCCAUCAGUACUCGAAUUUGAUGCCCGUGUUCAUCAGGAGUGGAUUAAGAAAGAAGCAGCAGAGCUUAUGGGUAAAAUGGAGAGAAUGUAUGUGGAGAUAUCCGAUGCAAUAGACAGCAUGGAAUACAAGAGUAGUUCUGUUGGGCAAGAACUAUUUGAUACAAGUAAGUUGCGGAGCCACAUACUAGAACUGAGAGAUCAGCUUAUAAAGGAAAGACAUGAAUACAAUGCUCUGCUGCAACCAAUUUUUAUGGAGGCCUUGCCACCAGGUCAGAUGGCUCCAGACAUUCUUCAGCUGAAUGGUUUGAGGCGUGCACUUCUAAUUGGUUCACAUGCUUGGGAUCGUCAACUUCAUUCAUUGCAGUCUAUCCUUAAAAAGGGAUCUAUAGCUGAAACAGUUGCAUCUUAUGCUGAAACGAAAGAAUUAAGAAGCGGUUUAGCUGAGGGUAGAAAAGUUGACCAGGGUAAUGAUGAGAAUGUACUGGGAUCUUCAGAAUCACAAGGAUCUCUUGAUGGUGACUUAAAGGAGGGUCUUAGUUCACUUACCCUCGAGCCUAUUGCUUCUCAAGAUUCGCUCCCAACUUCAUGUCAUCGUGGUGGAGAGGAGGAUAUACAUCCAGGUGGGGAAAUUACUGCUAACAAGGCUUUAGGAAAUAUCUCCCCUGCUUCUUCUCUGUCUGAUAGAAUAGAUUUGGCAUGGACAGGAACAGACCAACUUGAAAUGAAAGUUCACCCUCCAUGUGAAUCUCAUUCAGAGGGAUUUCCAGCUGGUAAUCGUCUUGGAAAGUGUAGUGUUCCUGUGAGAGUUCAUUCUUUUGAUUCAGCAUUAAGAUUCCAAGAAAGAAUCCAGAAAGGACUACCACCUUCUUCAUUGUAUUUGUCAACACUCAGAUCUUUCCAUGCUUCUGGAAAUUACAGGAACAUGGUGAGAGAUCCUGUCUCCAAUGUGAUGAGAACUUAUUCCCAAGUAUUGCCUCUGGAGGCACAGAAGUUAAAUCUAAUUCUUAGUUCCACACCAUCAUUUAUUUCCUCUGCUUCUCAUGUGGCCGAAGGUGCUCGGUUACUGCUUCCUCACAGUGGCCACAAUGACAUGGUGAUUGCAGUUUAUGACAGCGAUCCUACCAGUAUCAUAUCAUAUGCCCUUAGUUCUAAAGAAUAUGAGGAUAGGGUUGCAGAUAAGUUUAACGAGCAUGAGGGAGCAUGGAGUGCUGAUGAUAGGUCUAAGGAUUCAGCAUCUGCUGCCUUCUCUGCAUGGCAAUCAUUUAGUUCUCUGGAUCUGGAGUACAUGCAUUAUGGAAGUUACGGAUCUGAAGAUGCUUCAUCCUCUAUCAGCUCAUUGUUUAUGGACACCAAAAGAUCUCCACAUUUAACAAUUUCUUUUGAGGAUGAUUCUUCUACUGCUGGUGGCAAAGUCAAGUUUUCUGUAACUUGUUAUUUUGCCAAGCAGUUUGACUCUCUCAGAAAGAAAUGCUGUCCUUGUGAAGUGGACUUUAUACGUUCGUUAAGCCGCUGUCAUAAAUGGAGUGCACAAGGGGGGAAGAGCAAUGUGUAUUUUGCAAAAUCAUUGGAUGAAAGAUUUAUCAUAAAGCAAGUAAAAAAGACUGAGCUGGAAUCCUUUGAGGAAUUUGCACCAGAAUACUUUAAAUAUUUAACAGAUUCUCUUACCUCAGGAAGCCCAACUUGCCUUGCUAAAGUUCUUGGUAUCUAUCAGGUCUCUGUUAAACACUUGAAAGGUGGCAAGGAAACAAAAAUGGAUUUAAUGGUGAUGGAAAACCUCUUUUUCAACAGGAGCAUCUCGAGGGUCUAUGACCUCAAGGGUUCUGCACGAUCCCGCUACAAUCCAGAUACAACAGGGGCGAACAAAGUACUGCUAGAUAUGAAUCUUUUAGAAGUGCUGCGUACUGAACCCAUUUUUCUAGGAAGCAAGGCAAAGAGAAGCCUGGAGAGAGCUAUUUGGAAUGAUACAUCAUUUUUGGCAUCUGUGGACGUUAUGGACUACUCAUUGCUAGUUGGAGUGGAUGAAGAGCGGAAGGAGCUGGUGUUGGGAAUUAUUGAUUUCAUGAGACAAUAUACAUGGGACAAGCAUUUAGAGACUUGGGUUAAGGCAUCUGGGAUUCUGGGUGGACUGAAGAAUGCUUCCCCGACAAUUAUAUCUCCAAAACAGUACAAGAAAAGAUUCCGGAAAGCAAUGACCUCGUAUUUUCUCACGGUACCCGAUCAGUGGUCGUCAUAGUAAAAAACUGCAAUUCUUUCCAUUCACAAAGUAUUUGUUGGUUAAUAAGCCGUGUAGGGGGUUACAAUUGCAGAUAACUUGAUGAAGCUCCCCUCGUGCUUUGUUUUUUUUCCUUCCUUCCUUUUCUUCUUUUUUGAAAAUAUUUUGGUUUAUGGGCAAAGUUUAAAAGCUCAGAGGCUCCAAACAGACAAAUGUAUACGUAGAGGAUGGAAAGAAAUGUUGGUUGUUUAGGGUAUUGUAAUGGCAUGUGCAAAAAGUUACUCCCACGUAUUCUUGAAUCAAUCAUUCUUAGUUCUUAAAA